GACUUGGGAUCCCGACCUCUUCACGUCUGCUCGUCGUCCGGCGCCUCUCCCAGCGCCCAACACGUCGCCAUGGCGGAACACAUAUACUCGAAGGGAACCCGCGUCUGGUUUGAGGACAAGGACCACGCCUGGAUAUCCGCGGAGGUCACCUCAGUAACCAAGGGCGCCGACGAUGCCAUUAAGCUCGUAUUCCUCAACGAGCACGGCAAGGAAAUUACGAUUAACACGACCGCGAACGACAUCAAAAGCGGGAAAGAAGGACUGCCGCCACUGCGCAACCCUCCUCUGUUGGAGACUGCGGACGAUCUCGCCACCCUCUCACAUUUGAACGAGCCUUCAGUCCUCCAUACCAUCCGAAAUCGCUACGCGCAGCAUAGCAUAUACACCUAUAGUGGUAUCGUCCUCAUUGCCGUCAACCCCUUCCAGCGCGUCAACCUCUAUGGCCCUGAGGUCAUCCAGGCGUAUACUGGCCGCAAGAGGGGGGAGCUGGAGCCCCAUUUGUUUGCCAUUGCAGAGGACGCGUAUACUGCGAUGAGGAAGGAUGGGACAGGCCAGACAAUCAUUGUGUCCGGAGAGAGUGGUGCAGGAAAGACAGAAUCGGCCAAGUUCAUCAUGCGCUACCUCGCUUCCGUCAACCCUCCAGACAGCCCGAACAAGCGGUCCCUCAAGGUCUCCUUGGACGAUUCUAGCGAAAUUGAGCGGCAGAUCCUGGCCACCAACCCUAUCCUCGAGUCUUUCGGUAACGCCAAAACGACACGUAACGACAACUCGUCCCGCUUCGGGAAGUACAUCCAGAUUCUAUUCGACGGUCAACAAGAAAUUGUCGGCGCCCGGAUACGGACAUACCUUCUUGAGCGUGCCCGCAUCGUCUAUCAAUCUCUCACGGAGCGCAACUACCACAUCUUCUACCAACUGUGCGCGGGCGCACCGUCGAAGGAGCGGAAGGACCUUGGCCUUGACACGGACACGUCGAAGUUCCAGUACCUCAAGCAGGGCGGCCACUCAUCGACUCCCAUCAAUGGCGUUGAUGAUGCUGAAGAGUUCCGCGCGACGCAACAGGCUUUGUCCACCGUCGGCAUCAGUAUCGACAAGCAAUGGGCCGUGUUCCGUCUUCUCGCCGCCGUCCUGCAUCUCGGAAAUGUCAAGAUCACGCAGAUGCGCAAUGAUGCCUCCCUUGACGAGAACGAUACCUCGCUGCUGCUUGCUACGCGCUUCAUGGGCGUCGAUCUCGCCGAGUUCAAGAAGUGGACGGUCAAGAAGCAGAUCACGACGCGCUCGGAGAAGAUUGUCUCCUCGCUCAAUGCGGCGCAGGCGACCGUGGUCCGCGACAGUGUGGCCAAGUUCGUGUAUGCGUGCAUGUUCGAAUGGUUGGUCGCGAUUGUCAACGAGAGUUUGGCGGGCGAGAAUGGCGACGCGGCUGAGCGCGCGGAGAUGUUCAUUGGUGUCUUGGAUAUCUACGGUUUCGAGCACUUCAAGAAGAACUCCUUCGAGCAGUUCAGCAUCAACUACGCCAACGAGAAGCUGCAGCAGGAGUUCAAUUCGCACGUCUUCAAGCUGGAGCAAGAAGAGUACGUCAAGGAAGAGAUCAACUGGACCUUCAUCGACUUCUCCGACAACCAGCCUUGUAUCGACGUCAUUGAGGGCAAGCUCGGUGUCCUCGCGCUCCUUGACGAGGAGUCUCGGUUACCCUCCGGUAGCGAUGCGUCUUUCCUCCAGAAGCUCAACACCCAGCUCUUGAAGCCCGAAAACAAGAACGUCUUCAAGAAGCCCCGGUUCGGCAAUUCUGCGUUCACCAUUGCUCACUACGCGCACGAUGUCACGUAUGAAGCGGAGGGCUUCCUGGAGAAGAACAGGGACACGGUUCCGGACGAGCAUAUGGCGCUUCUGGCUGCUACGAAGAACCCCUUCCUGAAGGAGGUCUUGGAUGCGGCGCUCAACUCGGCAAGGUCGGCGGACGGGUCUGCGCCAAGUGCUGGCUCCGACUCUGGCAGCGGCAGCUCGCGGCGCUCGUCAGUCAUUCCGGAUCCUGGACGCCAAUCGUUCGUGGGCUCGAACAGCGGGUCUUCGUCCAGCGCUGCUCCCAAGCGUGGUCUCGCUGCGAAGAAGCCGACGCAAGGAUCGAUCUUCAAGGCCUCCCUGAUCACGCUCAUGGACACUUUGCAUGUUACGAACGUUCACUAUAUUCGUUGCAUCAAGCCGAACGAGCUGAAGAAGCCCUGGGAGUUCCAGCCGCAGCAGGUCCUUGGACAACUUCGUGCUUGCGGUGUGCUCGAGACAAUCCGUAUCAGUUGCGCCGGCUAUCCUUCGCGUUGGACAUACGAGGAGUUCGCUGAACGGUACUACAUGCUUGUCCCGUCCUCAGUAUGGCAGCCCAUGAUACAGUCGAUGGACCUCCGCAAGCUGUGCACGCUGAUCCUCGAAGGCACAAUUAAUGACCCGGACAAGUACCAAAACGGCAAGACCAAGAUCUUUUUCCGCGCUGGUAUGCUCGCCGCCCUGGAAUCUCUGCGCUCGGAGCGCCUCAACGCUAUGGUCACCGUCGUGCAGAAGAACAUGCGCCGGAGGAUGGCGGUCAACCAGUACCGGCGCCUGCGGAAGGCGACGAUCACUAUCCAGACCUGGUGGCGAGGUAUCCUGGCGAAGAGGCUCGUCGAGCACGUCCGGCGCGAGACGGCGGUGUUGCGGUUGCAGAAGGGUAUUAGGCGUCACCUGGCGCGCCAGCGCUUCCUUGCGACCAGUCGCUUUGUCACGCAGCUCCAGAGCCAGAUUCGUGGUGCACGGGCACGGCAGACAUACCGCAACUCCAGGACAUACGAAGCUGCAUCCUUGUUGCAAAGCCUCCUGCGUGGAACUUUUGUUCGCCGGCGACACCGUGCAGAGGUCAAGCAUGUUGUCUAUCUCCAGUCCUGCAUCCGGCGCAGACUCGCGCGGCGGGAGCUUAAAGCUCUUCGCGCUGAGGCUCGCUCCGUUAACAGGUUCAAGGAGAUCUCGUACACGCUGGAGAACAAGGUCGUCGAGCUUACGCAGACGCUGCAGAAGCGCACGGAGGAGAAGAAGGAGUUGCAGGGCCGCCUGACUCAGCUAGAGCAGCAGCUGAAGGUCUGGCAGUCGAGGCACGAAGAGGCUGACGGCAAGGCCAAGUCCUUGCAGGCGACUCUGACGGCGACGGAGGCCGAGUUGACGAAGCGUGACGAGCUCCUGAAGGCGAAGGCAGAUGUCGAGAAGCGUCUCGAGGAGACGUUGGCGAAGGCUGCAGAGAAGGAGGCUGCCAUCCAGAAGUUGACAGAGGACCUCAUUCACCAGGCCACACGCCUCGAGGAAGUCCAGCAGCAGAGCGCCGCCGCCGCCCAGGCGCGCAGCCAGGAGGACACCUCCGUCAUCGCCACCCUUAAGAACGAAGUCAGCAACCUUCGCGAGCAGCUCAACCGCGCGAAUGCUCUCAACUCGCUCACAAAGGGUACUCGGAUGGAGCCGCCGUCACCGACGUUCGUACCUAACCUGCGCUCAGGCCAGCCCAAUGGCGCUCCCGCGGAGCUCAACCCGCCGCAACGCCACCAGCGUCGCCACAGCUCUGCGGGCGUGUACGCGAUCAACCCGUACGAUUCGCGGACGUCGACGGACGAGUUGAUCAUGAACGCGCGGAAGGAUAACGUGCUCAACCCGCGUGCAGUCUCCGUCGCGUACAACGGCGAAGAUGGCUACCUGCGCUUCAAGAACCGCGGUCUUCAGCACGAGACUGGUGACUACGAGGACCCGGCAGAGGAGAAGAUUCGCCUCAUGCAGGACGUCAAGCGGCUGGACGAGGAUGUGCUCGACGGGCUCAUCCGUGGGCUCCGCAUCCCUGCACCAAGCCAGAGCAAUCCGGCAGCGGUCAAGGAGAUCUUGUUCCCGGCGAACUUGAUCAGCCUCGUCACCAACGAGAUGUGGAAGUACGGCCUCAUCGCUGAGAGCGAGCGCUUCCUUGCGAAUGUUAUGCAGACGAUUCAGUCACAUGUCAUGUCGUUCAGCGGGGAGGAUGCCAUCAUCCCGGGCAUCUUCUGGCUCUCCAAUGUCCAUGAGAUGCUCUCGUUCAUCUGCGUCGCAGAGAGCGACAUGCUCCAGGGCAUCGGCCCGGGCGAGGAGAACGCCGUCCGUCCCUUCGACUGGAAUGACUACGAGCGCCUCGUCUCCGUCGUCAAGCACGACCUCGAUAGUCUCGAGUACAAUAUCUACCACACCUGGAUGCUCGAGACCAAGAAGAAGCUUUCGAAGAUGGUCAUCCCUGCGCUCAUCGAGAGCCAGAGCUUGCCGGGCUUCACGUCAAGUGACGGUGGCGGCCGCCUGUUCAACCGCCUGCUGAACACGAACACGCAGCCAGCAUACAGUAUGGACGACAUCCUCAACCUGCUGAACAAGGUCUGGCGGAGCUUGAAGUCGUACUACAUGGAGGAGAGCGUGGUGCAGCAGGUCGUGACCGAGUUGUUGAAGCUCAUUGGCGUGACGAGCUUCAACGACUUGUUGAUGCGGAGAAACUUCUCGUCGUGGAAGCGGGCGAUGCAGAUCCAGUACAACAUCACUCGCAUCGAGGAGUGGUGCAAGUCGAAGGACAUGCCUGAGGGUACGCUGCAGCUGGAGCACUUGAUGCAGGCAACGAAGUUGUUGCAGCUCAAGAAGGCCACCCCUGCUGAUAUCGAGAUCAUCUACGACGUCUGCUGGAUGCUCAGCCCGAUGCAAAUCCAGCGCAUGUGUACGAACUACUACGUCGCGGAUUACGAGAACCCAAUAUCCCCCGAAAUCUUGCGCGUCGUCGCCUCCCGCGUCCAGGCGAAUGACCGGAAUGACCACCUGCUUCUUUCUCCCGAGACAGAGGAGGUGGGUCCGUACGAGCUGCCUCUGCCACGCGAGGUGUCGGGGUUGGAGACGUACGUGCCGGCGUAUCUCAAUGUGCCGCAUCUGAGGCGGCUGGCUGCCUUGGUAUCAUGAGGGGGGGGGACUUAGAGUUAUGAGCUGUUAUGUUUUAUACGCUGCUAUCACGUUGCGCCUGGUCUCUUGUUUGUCUUUACGGAUGCGAUGCGUACUAUAUUCGUCUUUCAGAUGCGGGCCGGUCAUCGCUGCGCGGAGGCGUGGUGUUCGUCGUAUAUUGUUGGUCGCAUUCCGACCGUCCUAUAGUUCUACCUGAAAGUACUAUAGACCUUUACUGCUUGCAUCACGGACGGUGUCGUACAUAAUGAACGGAUGAUUUUCUCAAAGACCGAGCGCUGAGCAACAAUGGUCCAAGAUUUUCUACUGAGCCGUG